CCAGUUAGCGCUUCUUAUCCGGGUCCUUGCAAUAUGGUGGCCUUUGUUGCAUCGACACCUACUUAAACAACUGUAACAUUCCCCGCGGCGUUUACACAAAUAAUGUCAGCGCAGGUCUUUAACGAAUGCAAAACUCGUAACAAUUUAAAUAUUGUUCGUCAGUAUUUACAGUAUGGCACAUUUCCUAAAGACUGUAAAAAAGUGGAUCGCCGAGCGGUGCGCAAGCGGUCUAAGACCUUUGAAGUUAUAGAUGGACAGCUUUAUUAUACUGGUGGACGUCCAAAACGAUCCAUAAACAUUCAGGGUGACGAAGAAACAACAAAAACUCCAGAAAAUGAAUCAGAUCAUACACAGAUUCUCAGAAAGUGCUGCUGCACAGACGAAGAAAAGCAUGAAGCAGUAAUGAAGUGCCACAUUGGGGAUGACGGUACACACUAUGGUAUGGAGAAAACUGUAGAGCGUUUAUCUUCAGAAUACUAUUGGGUGGGUAUCAUUAAUUUGGUGCGCAAAAUUCUCCACAAGUGUACUGACUGUCUCUCACGUGGUGUGCGGGGACCUAGUGCCGCCAUGGGUCACUUUGCCAAACAUGGGAGCUAUGACAAUCAAUUGGGAGAAGAACAGGAGAUGACAACUGAAAUGGAUGUUUUGUUUGUGUCACCGGAGACCACAAAUCACUUCUGGCAAAAGGUUGAGAUCCAGGUAUUUGGACCCUAUGCUACUGGAAGGAAGCAGGUUUAUGUGGCUGUUGCUCUGGACAGUUUUUCCCAGUUUCCUGAGGCCACCGUGAUUGAGACGAUUUCUUCAGCUACGCUCACACAUUUCAUACUCAAUCUCAUAUGCAGAUAUGGUGUCAUGGACAAGGUGUGCUUGCAACAGAAUCGGACUACAAAGGAUAUAUAUCUUUACAUUAAUAUGCAGGAUCUUGAAUUGGCUAGCAUCUCUCCAACAUUUCUUUCACAAAUAGCAAACUCUGCUGAUGAACGUUGGAAAAGAGUGGAGAAAAGUUUGGAUCGUUUUGUCAAGUCUUAUCCAAAGAUGUGGGACAAAUGCCUUGAGGUAUUCUUAAUGCCACUUCGCACAUCUCUUUCACCUGAAGUUGAUUAUACUCCAGCUUUUGUGACAUUUGGCAGGGAACCACGGUUUCCAGAUAAACUGAGCCACAAAGAGGUUGGCUCUUGUGCCUCAGAAGUACAGCUGAGCGAAGACCAAGAGAGACAAACUGUGGAACUUCUAAUGGCAGCCUAUGGGGGUCUCAGAACCUCUGCAGCUCUGCAGUCUUCACAAGUAUCUGACUUAAAUCUUGACCUCCUCCCCACAGUAAAACUAGAGGCUUUACCUGUCUCAGGAGAUGAUAUGGUAACCUUUGAUGAUUCUGCUAUCAUUAGAAUCAGCCAUCUGCCAAACAGCAAGAAAAGGGGAGAGACAGAAGAAGUGGCUAACAAGAAAGAAAGUGCUGAAAAUAUUGUUUAUGAUGGGGCCACAGAAGAUGACUUUGAGGAUGCCAGUGAUUUUGGUGACGAAGAAGACCAUGGUAAAACUCAAGAUGCAACAUAUGAACCAGGAAGCAACUCAUCAGUGAGAAGUAAAGUCAAGACAGCUCCAACAAUGGUUACUCGCUCCUCUAACCGUAAAAGAACUCUUACAUACAAAGCCAGAGCUGAACUGCAGGUCAAGAAAGAAGAACCUAUUUCACAGUCAGAUGAUUGCCGUGUCUUAAAUACUUCAGCACUGCCGGAAAAACGCAAACGAGGUAGACCUCCAAAAGUGCGCGUGGAGGGAUCCAAAGCAUCUGUAGCUGUCGAGUGCAAAGAAUCUCCAUCUGAUGGCUUGAUUAACUCGGUUGAACAGCUGGAUUUGGAUACCUACUACUUAGUAAUCAAAUGCUACAAGGAGCAAGGAACUUAUCCUCCACAUGUAACCGUCGACUUUAAGCGUGCCAUUAGGCGGCUCGGAGAAACCCUUGCCUUGAAGGAAGGAAAACUUUAUGGUCUUGUUGGGAAAGCUACAGGUCGUCUUAUCAUCACCAAGGAGAAGGCGCGAUUUGGUCUUUUGAGAAAGGCACAUGUCAGAGGAGGCAUGAGCCUUGACUUGGAUGCUUAUAUCCAUGCCUGCCCAGAAUGUGUCUGUGACAACCCUCGGCGCAACAAAGCAGCGUUUCGCGCCUCAAGCAAGUUAAAAGUCCUGUCUUUGGGUGGCAUUUAUAUUGAUGACAAUGAUUUUCACAUGUCAGAGGAUGAGGAGGAGGAGAAUAGCUAUAGCGACUUGAUUCAGUUUUUGACCGAUGGCACCUUCCCAGCUUCCUUAGCCAAGCAGCAGCAGGAGCAGAUUCGGCAUCAGGCCAAGUCCUAUUGCAUUAUCAAUGGGUCAUUGUAUUACAAACCCCUGUCCAAGCCCAAUGCUGAACCACGUCAGAUUCUUUUAACUGAGAAACUCCGGCAGGAGGCUAUCAAAACUGCUCAUAUUGAGGAAGAAAACCAUCUUAGCCAGCAAGAUACUCAGGCCAAGCUGCGGAGAAACUUCUUUUGGUGUGGCAUGACCUAUGAUGUUUUACUUUAUAUGGGUACUUGCUGUAUGGCUGAUUCAGUUGCUGUUGCACCUGUCAAACAUCGCAACCCUUUGAUACAAGAACGAGUGGAAAAAUUCUGCAGAUACUUCAGACAAGGGAUUCCAGAAUGUGUCUAUUCCAAAAUUGUUAGUAAUUCAGGGAAAGAAAAUCAGCAAACAGAGAUGACAGACAAUUCAGGAGAACCUUUGGAUGACCCAAAGAACAUUGGCAGGGCAAACAGCAAAACUGACAAAUCUCCUCAAAACAGAGAGGAAGUAUGUGUUACCACAGAACCUCCUGCUUCUUCUGCCAGCAAACGUGAAGAUGAGACAGUUGGGAAAGCUGUUGCUGCUAUUGUAGAUAAGAUGGGAGGAUUGCAAAACAAGAAGGACAAAGGAAAAGACAGGACUGAAAAGACUCAGGCAUCUCCAGCAUCUUCAUGGAACUCAACAGCAGCAGCAGCAGCAGCAUUUUCACAAGUGUCCAACAGGAAAGCAAAAACCAGGCAUAAGUGUGACCAUUGUGGCCGUAAUGUCAAGGGAGAUGUUGCCUUUAAAAUUCAUCUGUACAAGCACACAGGCAUCAAGCCUUUCAGCUGUAACAUCUGUAGCAAGUCCUUCUCCAACCGCAAGAGCCAGCGCAUUCACAUGCGCAAGCAUACAGGCAUAAGGCCAUACUUAUGCAACCAGUGUGGCCGAGACUUCUUCCGUAGUGCUUCUCUGCGUUACCACCUGAAAGCUCAUGCGACUGGCCGAGGAACUCCAGUAUCAUGUGACACAUGUGGGCGCACAUUUACUAAACACCGUCUCAAUCGGCAUAAGGAAUUUAAGCACCCAACCAUGCCCAAGGUCUUUAUGUGCAAUCAGUGUGGAAAAAUGUUCACUGCAGCAAGGAGUUUAAAAAGGCACGAGCAGACUCACACAGGUAUAAGGAAAUACCAGUGCCAAUACUGCAGCAAGAGUUUCUUUCGCAAAGAAUAUCUCAACUCCCACCUAACCAGCCAUGCAGAGUGGAACCCCGAGACAGAGAAGAUAAAACCAAAGAAAAGAACACCCAAGCCACAGCAACAGCAGCAGCAGCAGCAGCAGCAGCAGAAAGACCAAGUUAGUGUUACCACGGUGAUCAUGUCUACAGGCACGGAUGACACUGCCCCGCAACAUUGUGCACUGGACAGAUGUUGGUCCCAGCAGGCAACCUCCCGUCUCAGUGAGCAUACAGUUUCCAGCUUGGACUCAUUCCAGACUCCUAAUCACGCAGGUGCACAAGCCAUCACAACUGCACACAUCCUGACUCACACUCCAACUCGUGCAGCUAUACACCUGCCUGUUGGAGGAUCUGUUUCUCAACAUCUGCAAGCUGUGCAUCAUAACAUUCAUCCGCCACAUGCUGCACGGAUCAUGAGCGUGGCAAGCGCUCAUGGCCCAGUGUCAGUGACAGUGUCAGCCGAUGGACAGCCAAUACAGCUGGUGCAUUCUGCACAUGGACAAGAAAUUCUUUUGCAACAUGAACCUGUGCAGUAUGAAGUGGAGUGUCUGACUGGAGAUCCCUCUGCCUUGACAGAAGCAGAUCUCAAUGCCAUCCACAUGCUUGCACAGGCCAGUCUUACAGGACAGAGCAUGAUACACUGAGGAAACUGCACACUAGGGCUCCCUGCAGAUUCGUGCAAUAUCUGUAAAAGUAUUCUUAGCUAGUUACUAUCCCAUCCUCGUCUCAGCCUUCGGAGUAUGGUCGCCUUUAAUUCUUUAAUUAAUGGAAUGUGUUUGGGAACAAUGCUUUGGUUAGCUUCUGCAGAUGGUAGAUGAUGUCUUGGGCUUAUAUUUGGGUUGACAAAUUAUUAUUUGCAACAAAGUUAGAUGCUUAUGAAUGGGGUGGAUUGGGUGGGGGUAUGUUUUUUGAGGGGGAAUAAGAGAUUUUUAAGACAAAGAUAAUUCACAAUUGCAGGAGCAUGUGUAUGGGAUAGAGAUGAAGUUGUAUAGUAUUCAUCAUGAACUGCAUUGUAAAGCUGUAUUGAAGUUUCCUUUUUAUUAUUUUCUGUUAACAUUUUACAUUACAUGAACAAGAAAUUGUAAAUAUCUUCAGACUGGUCAUGUGGUUAAGUUCUUAUUGAAACUGUACUUUUAUUAAGUACAGGAAAUAUCUUCUCUUGAUCAGAUUUAGAAUGCAUUAAAUUCCAAUCUUUGCCCUAUC